AUGAAUGCUUACGUCAAUAGUAUUCAGCAUUUAUUUAGCGGCGAAUCGGUUGACAACUCGUAUGUGCUUGGUAAACUUUAUAUGUUUAUAAAUGUCUGCGAGAAUAUGGAUUAUAGCAGUGCUAUGGAUGCUGUCACCUAUUUGGACAGAUACUGCCAAUAUAACCAGGUUCAUGGAUUUCCCAUUGAGAUUAAUUAAUAAGACUAAUUAUCAUAUA